CCGAGCUGUCCGCGGCGGGAGCGGCGGAGGCGGCGGGAGAGCGCGCGGUGGAGCCGCUCCGAGACCCGGGCUCCUCGCGCCGCCGCUCCGGAGCCCCGCACCGCGCACCGAGGCCGCCAGCGCCGUCCAUUGCCCUCCGCGCCCUCCGAGUCGCCGGCUGUCCAGGGCACCCCCCCGGUCCCCGCCCCCGCCGGACAGGGAUGGCCACAGCCCGCCGCUGAGCGAGCCCGGGGGGACCUCAUGGGCCGGCUCGUGCCGCGUCCCCCCCGCGGCCGCCCCCUCCGGCCCGGGCUCCCCCGGGUGCCGCGGGUCCAGGCGGCCCGGAUGGCGGUCGCGGCGGCAGGGGCAGGGGCUGGGGCCGGCGCGGGUGGCAGGCGCAGCCGCCACUGACGGGUAGUCAGGCGCCCCAGCAGAGGGAGGCCGUGUGGCUGACCAUCCCGUGCCCGCAGGCCGAGGAUGCAGCGCUGGAAGGCGGCGGCCUUGGCCUCCGUGCUCUGCAGCUCCGUGCUCUCCAUCUGGAUGUGUCGGGAAGGCCUGCUCCUCAGCCACCGCCUCGGACCCGCGUUAGCCCCGCUGCGCCGGCCACCUCGCACCCUGGACGCCCGGAUCGCCCGCCUGGCCCAGUACCGAGCACUGCUGCAGGGAGCCCCAGACGCCGUGGAACUACGCGAACUGACGCCCUGGACCGGGCGGUCUCCGGGUCUGCGCCGUCGGGCGGGGCCGCGGAGGCGGCGCGCGCGUGCGCGGUCAGGGACGCGGCCGUGCGGGCUGCGCGAGCUGGAGGUGCGCGUGAGCGAGCUCGGCCUGGGCUAUACGUCGGACGAGACGGUGCUGUUCCGCUACUGCGCAGGCGCGUGCGAGGCGGCCGCGCGUGUCUACGACCUGGGCCUGCGGCGCCUGCGCCAGCGACGGCGCGUGCGGAAGGAGCGGGUGCGUGCGCAGCCCUGCUGUCGUCCGACGGCCUACGAGGACGAAGUGUCCUUCUUGGACGUGCACAGCCGCUACCACACAGUGCACGAGCUGUCGGCGCGCGAGUGCGCUUGCGUGUGACCCUACCUCACCGGGCCUUGGCCAGACGGCAGCCACGCCCCACGCCCCGACGGUACCUACCGUGCUGUCAGGCAAACCCCGCGACAGACUGCCCUUGUGCAGAAGAUGCCGUCGAGGCCGCGGGACUCUCGCGAUAACUGUACAGAGAUAAAGU